AGAGGCAGCGGCCGCCAAUCAGUGGAGGGCGCGCGCGGCCGCGUGCCCCUCGCGCUCCUCGCCUCCCCUCGCGCGCCGCGUACGUGCAGCAACCGACUCCGCCCAGCGAGGCGGAGCCUAGGGAAGCCGCGGGCGGCCCGCCGCGGUCCUGGAGCUGCUGCUGCUGCUGCGGCGGCUGCACCGGCGGCGCCGAGGCCGAGAUCGAGGCCGGGUUGCGCGCUUCGCAAACGUGCCCUAUCCGUGCGGCUUGGCUGCGCCAGCCCUUGCGGCCACCCGGGCGUCUAGGCGGGUCUGUGCGCCGCCCCGGCGAGGAUGCGGCUGUUCCGGUGGCUGCUGAAGCAGCCGGUGCCCAAGCAGAUCGAGCGCUACUCGCGCUUUUCGCCGUCGCCGCUCUCCAUCAAACAGUUCCUGGACUUCGGGAGAGAUAAUGCAUGUGAGAAAACUUCAUAUAUGUUUCUACGAAAGGAACUUCCUGUGCGGCUGGCUAACACAAUGAGAGAAGUUAAUCUUCUGCCGGAUAAUUUACUUAACCGCCCUUCAGUGGGAUUGGUUCAGAGUUGGUAUAUGCAGAGUUUUCUUGAACUUUUAGAAUAUGAAAAUAAGAGCCCUGAGGAUCCACAGGUCUUGGAUAACUUUCUACAAGUUCUGAUUAAAGUCAGAAAUAGACACAAUGAUGUGGUUCCUACAAUGGCACAAGGAGUGAUUGAAUACAAGGAGAAGUUUGGGUUUGAUCCUUUCAUUAGCACUAACAUCCAAUAUUUUCUGGAUCGGUUUUAUACCAACCGCAUCUCUUUCCGCAUGCUUAUUAAUCAGCACACACUUCUGUUUGGGGGUGACACUAAUCCUGUUCAUCCUAAACACAUAGGAAGUAUCGAUCCCACCUGUAACGUGGCGGAUGUGGUGAAAGAUGCAUAUGAAACAGCCAAGAUGCUGUGUGAACAGUAUUACCUGGUAGCUCCAGAGCUGGAAGUUGAAGAAUUCAAUGCCAAAGCGCCAGACAAACCUAUUCAGGUGGUUUAUGUGCCCUCACAUCUGUUUCAUAUGCUAUUUGAGUUGUUCAAGAACUCAAUGAGAGCGACAGUUGAACUCUAUGAAGACAGAAAAGAGGGCUACCCUGCUGUUAAAACCCUCGUUACUUUGGGUAAAGAAGACUUAUCCAUUAAGAUCAGUGACCUGGGUGGUGGUGUCCCACUUCGAAAAAUAGAUCGUCUUUUUAACUACAUGUAUUCGACUGCUCCUAGACCCAGCCUGGAGCCUACCAGAGCUGCCCCUUUGGCUGGAUUUGGUUAUGGUUUGCCAAUUUCCCGUCUGUAUGCUAGAUAUUUUCAAGGAGAUCUGAAACUGUAUUCCAUGGAAGGAGUGGGUACUGAUGCUGUCAUUUAUUUGAAGGCUCUUUCAAGUGAGUCAUUUGAGAGACUUCCAGUUUUUAAUAAGUCCGCAUGGCGCCAUUACAAGACCACGCCUGAAGCCGAUGAUUGGAGCAAUCCCAGCAGUGAACCCAGGGAUGCUUCAAAAUACAAAGCGAAACAAGACAAGAUCAAGACUAAUAGAACUUUCUAGAGGACUGAAUGCUGCGGUCCUCUCUGUGAAGAAAGAUUGCCUUCUGCAAGUCAACCAGAGAGAACUGCUUUCUCCCACCUGCUCUGAGCGUGGCAUCACAGUUAUUUCUAGUGCUUGAAUGUGUAUUUUCUCUCUACCACCUGGACUUUCCCAAAGAGUUUUUCCUGUAGCUACUCCAGAUCUUCCACUAAAGUAGUAACUUUUUAAUGACAUCUUGCUGUGGUGUGAUUGAUGCCUGUCACCGAAGAGCACGGAGCCUCCUUACAGCUCUUGUGCCCUCGUACUCUCCAUCUUGUUAUCACAGCGUCUGAUGUCUUCAGUCCUUCCAGGAUUCUGUGCGCCUUUCCCAUUCCAGAUACAGCAGAUCGUACUGUUGCUCCUUGUGACCAAAUACCAUGUUUGUCCCAAACCUCCACCUAGGGCCCUGGGACCCUGGAAGUGGAAGACAUCAGCUGGCCAUGCCCUGAUGAUUUAGUCCCAGAGCCCUCCGUCUCUCCCGUGCCUCCCUCCGCCACUCUGUGAUUUAGACUUUUGCCUUCUUCCAUCUGAUCGGAUUCUCAUUGUGAGAUGUGGUGACUUCCAUGUUAGAUCUUCUUCAUUGAUGCCUUGGUUUUAUUUUAAAAUUCAUUUGUAUACUUCUGUUGAUUAAAGCAUUCGAAAUGUUAUCUUAGAAUUUUUCACCCAACUGCUUGGUUUCAAAGAUCUUAAGUGAAAAACUGCCUCCUGGUCAAUACCAAAUUUGUACAGAGUGUGAAGUGGAGUUUUUAUGCUUCUGUCAAACUUCCAUCCAUCUAAUACUGUACCUGUGUCAUAUUUUAUUCCUUUGUAGUCUUCUAAGGAAUUGGAAGUUUCUGUAUGAUGCGCUUUACUAGUUGUAAAAUAGACUAGCAGAGGGAAAAGGCCUCUCUAGUUUAUUUUUGAAAAAUGCUCCAGGUCUUAAUAAUUUUCAUUUUCAUUCAUCUUAGUUUUAGAAUUGUCAGCUCAGUCUGAUUUUCACAAUCCUUUUUGCUAAAAGUUGGAAGUGGGAAUUAGCAGAUGAUUUGCGAUAAGGAAAGAGGAAUGAUGUUAUAUUUACCCUUAGGAAUAGAAGUGACCGAAGAAUCCGGAUUGAAACCAGCAUCCUAUAUACAGCUCCACAGGAUGUGCUUCUCUUCAUGGUAAUUUUCCAUAUAUAUCAUCUACUUUGAUUUCUGCCCUGUUUUAAUGUCCAUAUAAAUGUUUCAGUCCAAUUUGUAAGUGUUGAGUCCACUGAUGUAGAAGUUCUGACUUGUAAACCAUUCAUCCUGCUUUAGUCAUAUGAUAGUACCAAUGCAAUUAGCUCCUCUCCCACCACCGUGGGGGAUUUCUCCCUGAGAUGAGGUGUGCUUUGACCAGCUGCAUGUGGCUUGAUUGCAUUCCUGUUUCUCUUAGUUCCACUGGAUCUUGUUUUCUUUUAUUUCGUUAUAUUACCUGAGCUCAGGGUAGUUCCAUUCAUCUUUAGAAAGAGCUCAUCUCUUCCAUCCUUAGAAGGAUCUCAUCAGAGAACUCAUAUGUAAUCAAUCAGGUAAAAGAAAUACUGAUGUACUUCCGAGAGACUGGUGAGAGGUGGGUCAUAGGAAGCCCAUAGGUCUGAGGACCGAGUCAGUGUCUUGGGGAUGGGGCUGUUCCAUAUGAUUAUUUUUGUGUGGCGUAAAAGAUGUAAAAAAAAAAAAAAAAAAGAAAGAAAAAAAUGGUCCUUUACAUGCAAAGACCCUAGCUUCCUUUUUUUUUUUUUUUUUUUUGAGACACAGUUUCACUCUGUCCCCUAGGCUGGAGUGCAGUGGCACCAUCUCGGCUCACUGCAACCUCCGCCUCCCAGGUUCAAGCAAUUCUUGUGCCUCAGCCUCCCAAAUAGCUGGGAUUACAGGCAUGCACCACCACGCCCAGCUAGUUUUUGUAUUUUUUUGUAGAGAUGGGGUUUCACCAUGUUGGCCAGGCUGGUCUCGAACUCCUGACCUCAAGUGACCUGCCCACCUCAGCCUCCCAUAGUGCUGGGAUUACAGGUUCGAGCCACUGCGCCCAGCCGACCCUAGCUUCCUUAUAAACAUGAGAUAAUAUCUUCCUAGGCCUCAAUUUCCAACGAUACUCCUUUAUGCUUUCAAGUGUGAUACACUGUAGGAGAGAGGAGGCAGCAGUUUAGGGGGUGCUGCCUACUGCCUGGCUCUGACAGCGUUUCUCUUGUUUGAGGAAGGCCCAUCGAUCACCACAUCCUCACAAGCAGUACCAUGUAAGGGGCCGAAUAUGGAUAAUAUGGUGUAGAAAAAUCUCAUCACAUUCUUCCCUUUACAAGUGUUUUUCAAAAGUAAAGAUUGACUUCAGUGUCUUCAUGACUUAAUCGGUAGUUCUUUACUAGCACGCUUUUUGGCUUACUCACAUCCGUCUGACCCCAGUACAACCUUGCUUCUCCUGUCUUUGUUUUCUUCAUUAAGAAUUUAUCUUUAACCCUAAAGCAACUGCAAGAAGAGUUUCAGGAACAUCUGUGUUCUCCUGGCUUACUAGCCUCUUUACCCAAGUAUUCAUUUAUCCUGUUUGUCAACUGUACACGAUUCUUUUAUAAUUUAGGCAGAGAAUCUGGCUGUUUACUGGGUUUGCCUAUAAGCAAAUGGUCAGAUUUCCCCCAUAUAGGUUGUAACACAAAUAGACAUGGACCCUUUUUCAGCUAAAUUCUUUCCCAUUCCUCUGUAUUGCUCUUUCAUUUACUCUAUUUUAUUUUAAGUGGGGACUGUGUCUAUUUAAAAUAGUGCCUGACACAUAGUAGGUGCUUAAUAAACAAUGUUAAUAAGUAAUAUUAAAAUAAUAAUAUUCAUAAAUAGUAGGUGAAUCAAAGAUAGAAAACUGUCAGACAUUUUCCUUGGGUGGUAGGGCAACAUCUUUCUAAGUUCUUAAACCAUCCUUGUCUCUGAAUUAAAAAUAUGGAAGUUCAAGUCAGGAGCUGUGAAAGUGCUGAAUUUCAUUUUUAUAGGGCUAAGAGAUGCCUUUAAAAUGUAGAGAAAUGCAAGGAACUGGAGGGAUAGAUCCGCAGGAGCCAUCUCUUCCUUUUUUUGUCUCUGAAUAUCUGAUUUUGGCUCCUGAAUACAGAAUUCUUUCCAUCCAAACAGUGUGACAUAGUUUUACAGCCUUGUGUAUAGAUUCCAAAGACCUUUUGCAUACAGCAUGUCAUUUGAUCCUUACAAUGCCAUGAGCUGGACUACGCAGGUAUAUCGGUUUUUUUGUAUGAAUCCCAAAGCAAUUAAGGAGUUUGCCAAGGUGGCAUGGUAAGUCAAUGGAAGGGCCAAAGCGAGCAAUUGGGUGCUUGGAACAGUACGCUAGGUGAUUUGUAUUAUCUCUUUUGAGGAAUUUCUUCAGUAUACUAUUCCUCAAAGGGUAAGCUCUAAACCCCAAAUUAUCUGUAGAGCAAGUUAAUUCCGUUCAGGAGAGGGUUUCUUUUGUGUGUUUCCAUUUUGGCAUAGUUAGAGGAGAUAAUCAGAUGGAUUUGGCAGCUUUUACCAAAAAUGACAGGCAACUUAAAGUGGAUAGCUGUAGGUAAUUACUAGAGUUAUUUAGACUUAAUUCUGUGUCUGAAUGAAUUCAGUGCUUACUGCCAGCCCUUUCAUACAAAGACUCCACAUUUGAGAGCUGAUGUUUUUAUCUUUUUUGCAGACUGGAUUACAGCUUCGGUUGGGUUUUCUUGCAUAUUUACAAAUGUAUUCCUGUUGCUGUUACUUACGAACAAUAACUUGGCUGGCUAUCGGAUUCUUGGAUCACAGCCUUUUUCCUUGAAUUCUCUGGAGACAGGAUGUUAUUGCUACUUUAUGGUUGUCCAUAUCUGGUGGUGCUGACAGGUCUGAGUCCUGAUGGAUUUUUCUUCCCCUUUUGUAGAUGACCUGAUUGUUUGCCCUGGAUACUUGAAUUCUUUGUUUAUCCUUGAAAUUUAGUAACUUCGUUGGAGUAUAUCUCAGGAUUGACUGUUGUCUGUUGCCUUUUUCUGGAAUGCAGUGAGCAUUAGAUAUGGUCAUUUCAAGCCUCACUGCGUUUUGUAUCAGUUUAGUCUGUUCUCUUCUUGAAAACUUCAUUUUUAUAUUGGCUCUCUGUCAUCUGUCCUUCACAGUUAUCUUUCCUUAGAUGGCACUCAUCUCAUCUUUCUUCAUUCACACUGUAUGAUUUUUUUCUCAAGUCUUAUCCUCCAUUUCACUGACUGACUCAGUUUUCUGUACUGUUGAUUCUAGGGCUUGUUCCUUGUAAUGUGGCUUCCACCUCUGUUACAGUUUUAUUUGUUUUAUUUUAUUUUAUUUUUUCCGAGAUAGUGUCUCACUCUGUCACCCAGGCUGGAGUGCAGUGGUGUGAUCUCUGCUCACUGCAACCUCCGCCUCCCGGGUUCAAGCAAUUCUUCUGCCUCAGCCUCCUAAGUAGCUGGGACUACAGGCUUAUGCCACCAUGCCUGGCUAAUUUUUGUAUUUUAGUAGAGACAGGGUUUCACACUGUUGCCCAGGCUGGUCUCAAACUCCCGACCUCAAGUGAUCCACCAGUCUCAGCCUCCCAAAGUUCUUGGAUUAUAGGUGUGAGCCACCGCGCCCAGCCUAGUUUCAUUUUUUAUCUCUUUCUUUCCUUAGCUCAUUAUGUUGUCCUCUUUGAUUUCUUAUUUCUUCCAGGGCUGAACAAUUUUGUCUACAGUUUUAGUGGUUUAUGAGCUCAUUCUUUUUCUAGAGUGUAUUUAUCUAUCCUUUGCAUCUUUCAUUCCUUUUCUUGUAUUGUUUUGCUUUUAUCUUGAUGCACAAGUAUCAUGAUGACCCCUUCUGCUUAUUAUUUAUCUUUGCAUGGUACCAGUUUUACCUGUCCAAGAAGAGUGUGGGUAAAUCCUCCUUGACUCCUCCUCUUUUGAGCGAGACAUGUUUGAAGGAUAACCUUAGCACUUGAACCCUAAGGCUAGCUCUUGAUGGGUUGUAGUGGUGGAGGGUGUUUUUGGUUUUCAUUCUGUUUGGAUUUGGGGGAAUAAGGAGUGACACGAAGCCUCCUUGGAACAUGUUGUCUGUGAGUGCCUUCCAUAGACACUGUUGAAUCCUCUGCCCUGGGGGUGGCCAGGUCCCAUUGGGAGACAGAUCCUCUUUGCAUUUCCCCAUUCCCACUAGUCGUCAUCCUAGCAGGAACAUGGUGGGUUUAUACUUCUGCCCUCCUGGAUUCCAUGUAGCACACAUUUGUGAGAUCGGCUCCAGAGUUGGUUUCUCUCCUCUGGUCCUGCUUCUCGCCGCUCUUCCUCUUUUGGAUACCGGAGGGGAUGAACACACAUGGUUCAUCUGAGAUCUCAACCUCCUGUCCUCGUUUUUCUGGAAACAUGCACGCGCAGAGUGUGCCCAGCUUCUCCCGACUGUUGCCAGUCCUGUUUUGCCAAGUUAACAAAUGAUCAGUAGAGUCUUGGGAAUCUUCUCAUUAACUGCCCAGCAAUUGUGGCUGCUGGAGACUCGGAGAAAUGCCUGGCAAAUGCAAGAACUCUUCUUCGAUUCAUCCCCAACUUGGUUGUAUCUGUCAGACAUUGCCCUGGAGUCCAUGGUAUGGAGUUGUGGCUUUUACUAGUUUCAUUAUAGACAGCUUGUUGUUCAACUUUUGGAUGUGUGGGUCAGAGGGCAGGAGCACUUAUAUAAACAUGCAUUUAUUCUGCCAUCUUUUCAGCAGUCUAGAUGCUUAAACAUUGACUUUGAAGCUAAUGUCCUUCAUCAUCUACAUUUGAGCAAACAGAAGGAAGCAAUAUUGCCAGCAAGAAAGGACGAUUAACAACUUAAUACAGGAUUUUUGUUUACUGUUCUGUGUGGAAAGAUAACUUUUAAGUCAAGUUCCUGUCUCAUUGAUUAGAGAUAUCAGUACCUUCUGGUUUGAAAAUAGAGGACAUAUGACAUUUUAAUGAACUUAAGUUAUCAGCCAUUGACAAUUAUUAGUUAGCUGAUUAAAUAUGAUAGAAUACUCCAAACUAGCACAUCACCAGAGUUACCAAGAGACGCCUAAGCUCUUUAUGAACGGGUUGUUGGUGGAGCUGUGCCACUGAGGGGGUUAACAUCUCUGACACCUUAACUGUGCCACAGGUUUUCUUACCUGUCUUUUCAAUCAACCCAUUUUAAAAUUUAGUUCAUCAAGAAAGAGAAAGGUGUUAGGUCUUCAUCAGGAUUCCUUUUGGUUUCUCAUGAAUACGUAUUCACAUGGUUUGGAGACCUGGAGCCCACCACCAAAGCACACUGAGUUAAUGUUUUGAAAGUGCAUUUGUAGGUAAAUCCUGGGGCUGGGGUUUUAUUUGGCCUGUUUGUAGAAUUGAAGCCUCCUUGCCUCAGUGGUCAGCACAUCCCACCAGACAUCCGGCAGCAAGCUUUCGUCACCUUUAGAGCUCUAGCAUAAUGAUCAAGGAGCACUAGUGACAGCCUUGCUGUAUGCACCAAGCUCCACCCUGGGCAGUGCCUUUCCCUAAUGUCUGUCCUGGUGUGAAAUGGAGACUUGAAGACCGGUACCCACAUGUAAGAGAGGUUAAUGAAGGGAGGGUGGCAGAGAGAGGAGUCAUGUGAAGGAAAGCUACCUUUAGUCCUCCAUCGCAAUACUGUCCAGUGUCUCCAGUGUGCUAGAAACUGUGCUGAAUGCUGGGCACAUGGCAGGGGUCAAAGCAUAUAGAAAUCCCUGCCUCAUGAACCCACUUUCUAUUAGGGGAGACAGACUAGAAACACAAAAAGGACAUUGAAUAGUACGAUUGAGAGAUGAGUGCUAUGGAGAAAAAUGCAGCCAGAAAGGGAGAUGCAGAAGAUAGCACCAGAUCUUCUCAAUGUUGUUUUCAUCAUGGACAGGUGCGUUCCUUAGAAGAUGAAGUGUUAGUGAUUCCUGAGUUUUUCUCACCUUCACAUCGAUUGAUCUGAAUUUGGAGAGUCUGUUUUCUGUGUCUGGCUCUGCACUCAACUCUGCAGGGGACCCUGUCGAGGUCCCCACACUGUGGCUUCAGGUAGACAGAGCAGACGGGAGCCCAUUUCAGUUCAUUGUCUUGCUGACCAACGGGGAACUGUGGUCAGGUGAGAGGAGGCAGCUUUUACAAUCAGACUUCAUUGAAUAGUGUGGGCUGCUGUUUCCUUGUAACAAAAUCCCAUAAUGAUGGCAGUUUCCGGAUGUGUCUUUUUAGGACUUCAGAACUUAUUAUUUGAAUAGAAGUUUAAAGCAUCUGGAUGAUGCUGCUGUAGCUAAAACAGCUGCUUGUCAGAAGAGACCCUAUUUAACACUUCUAAACUUUUUUCAGAGGUGGAGGAAAGGAUAAUCUGGGAAGGCCUCCCUCUCAAGUCCACAGGUUGGUAUCAGCUGUGUUCAUCCCCCAAAAGGAAAAUAAAAUGACAACAAUAUUUUGGUCACAGAAUUCCUGAGAAACCUCUGUUUCUACCUUUAUGUCUUUAAGAUAGGGGCAUGAAUUCCCCAUGAUCUGGGUGAUAGGGUUAGGGUGGCCAGGACACUGUUACUUUGUGUGUGACACAGGUGGCUCCUCAUGACAGUUCCUCCAUGCCUUAGAACAUAUUGUCUGUCUGGUCAUCCCUGGGGGCAGAGCUGAGUGACCCAGCAGUGGGAGAUUUAAUGACUGGAGAAGAAGAUGGGAUGUGUUUAAUUAUCCCCAGAGGUAGGGCCAAUUUGUCACCCUUUAAAUAGACUUAUUUGCAUAUAAACUAAAGCACCUUAGGGCAUCAUUACCGAAAGUGUCUAAGCAAAUGUCUGAUACAGUUACGUGCCUGCAUUAAAAGAAAGCAGCCCCCUUAUCUUGCCUUAAUAUCCUUACAGUGUUUUAAUAAGUUCAUAAUGCAUCCUGUAUGUGCAUUUUUUGGCAUAAAACACCGAAAGAUGGAGAAUUGACUUCAGUUCUCUCCAUCCUUUCCCCUUAAGUGUUGGUGGCGCUGCAGGGGCAACGUGCCUCCCAUUGGAAGUGGUGACUUCCUCUUUGAUAGAGGUUUGCCUGUCUCUUGAAAAUGAAAAGAAGCAGAGAUUGAUCUCUGGAGUCCCAUGGUCCAGUUUGGACUAUUGGGAAUAUUUUUUAUGGGAUGUUAAAAACAAUAUUAGAGAUAUGAGAUAGUAAAUUUGUGGUAAUACCGGAUCCAGGAAGCUUACAGUGAAGAGUAUGAACUUAACCUGAAAAGUAUUUCUCUGUUCUAUAAAUCUCUCAGUGACAUUUGGAUUAAUCAAGCAUAAUUAAAUGUAGUUAGAUUUUUGUCAGAUUGUAGUUCAAAAUAAUAUUCAUCUAUGGAGAGGGUAAUAUAUUAUGUAGAAAUUUUAUUAAGCACUUUAGUUAAGCAAACACUAAGGAGAACAAAAUCAACCUCAGGAAGGUUAAUUACUAAAAAAAUCACAAAGUAUAUAGAUUAUGUAAAUCAUUUUAAUUUUGAAUACCAUGGCUUGAGCUUUAAUUUACAUAGAGAGGUAUUUUGGAUUUGUUUUUCACAUUAUAUUUUCUAGUACAGGAUUGCAAUUGCAUUCUUGAAAAGUUCUACUCAUUUUAGGAUUCCAUUAAGUUUGCUUAACUUUUUUCAUGUUAUAAUUUCCAAAAGCAAAGAAUUACAAUUGUAUUCUAGCUAAUUAUUUUAAUGUUUCACUAACUUUGUGUAUAUUGUAAGACCAUAUUUUUAUUUCUAUACAAAUGAUGAUUUUAAGAGAAGUAUCAGGAGAGAGAAUGUAUAUGAAAGCAUCGCGUCCACGCCUGGCUUUGCAAUAAGUGUUCAUUUAAAAGAAAGACAUUUACAAAGGUAAAACAUAAGAGUUUAGACUAUAGCGAUAAAUCUUUUUAUUUUAGUAAUUUCUUUAAAGGGAAAAGUAAAGAGAUCAAAAUGAUUUUAUAUGUUUUUUUUUUUGUACUCAGAGAAUUACAUUUUCACUACCCCCACCUGUCUCAGGGAAUAGCCUUUGAUAAGAAUCCCAUGGAAAUCUCUGGAACUCUAUUACAGUGUGUUCAGAUUUGUUAGUUCAUAUGUAAAUUUCAGAGCUAGAGCUUCAAAACUAGAGUAUUGUAAUCUCAGGAACAUAAGAUUAUCCAAGAAGCCUGAACCUUGCUCUUUUCAUGAUAAAUGACAUCCAAAUUUCCUUUGUCUAGGAGAUAAGCAUAGAUCCCUUUUAUCAUGCUUCUCUGAGAUUUUCGCAGAAAAACCCUGCAAUUUGAUUUUGUUUGAUAAUUUUGCUUUUUGGCUUUUCAGUGAGGACUCUAUUUUCCAUUGGAACUGACUCCUUUGGGGAUAAUAAGCUUUCACUUAAAAGAACAUUCUAUUAGAUAGUUCUAACUUCAGUGAACCUAAAAGUGGCUUCUUAAUUUGAAUAAUCUGGAUAACUUUUGCAAAUGGGUCAAAACAGCACAAGUAUCAACAAUCACAUAUGUACUGAGUAAUAUUUGCCCUCCAGUUAGCAAAGUCAAGAAAUGUCUAACUCUGGCACACAGCACUGGUUUUAACUACUCUUUAGUUCAUCUUUGCCUUCCAAAUUGGAUGAAAAUGGCAAGCUUAGAAUGGAAUGCAUAUUAAUAACAGAACCACUUAAUGUUUUAAAAUAUUCAUACCUUGAGAUUCUUUUUGAGAGAAAAAAGAAAUCUUAACAUCCAAUUCUAGUUGUUUUGGCUUUUCACAUAUGCUAGACAUGAAAAAGGCAGUUACAAAAGUGAAAUCCGAUUGGAAGUCAGUGGUGUCCGCCAUUGAGCCGUGCUAAAUGUUGUGUCACAAAAGGAGUUUGUGAAAAGAGGAUGAGUAGAAAAUGUUAUACUGUUGUUUCUAUCGUGGCACCGCUUUCUUAUAAAUUCCAUUUGCUUUUUGUCAUCUGAACUGUUACAACCAUGGGAAACCUCAGUCCAUAUUUUUAAAAGCACUAUAUACUUACAGGAAAAACCGACUUAUGCCUUCAUUGAAAAAAUGUUGAAGUUAAUAUCCCAAAUGUUUAAUGAUCAUGUUUUAGAAUAUUUACAGCUAAAGUCUGUCACUUUAGGGAUUUGACAAAACUUGAGACUGCCUGCCACUGAAGAGGGACCAGGCAGAAUCUUCUCAGCCUUGUAACCAGCGUUAAAAAAAUAUAAGGGGCUUGAUGAGAUCCUAGAUCUGCUCCUUUUCUCCUAGGUGCCUGGGUAACUCCUGGGGAAAGCAUCAUAUUAAGUCCUUUGGUAUCAUGCUUUUCAAGCAAGGUGUGUGAUUUUGACCAAUGAAUUGAGCUGAUAUGUGAUUUUGACCAAUGAAUUGUGCAUCUAUUUAAAAAUUACCAAGUGUAUCUUGACUCUUGAGUGGACAGUCAAGGCAAAGUUUACUUAGGAAAUGUGAAGUAUGGAGUGUUUUAAAAAAUUCAAAUUGAGUUUAUUCACUGUUGGAGGAAUUGAAUUCUAUUGCCUCCCUCAUUUCCAUUAUGUUCAUUGUUACAAUUGUGAUGCUCUGUUCUCAUUGUGAUGCUUAGUUCUCGUGUAGAACUGAGUGCUACACUCUGAUUAGAAACUGGAGUUGUGCUUGAGUCAGUCCUGGAAAACAGGACCCAUUUUUAAGAAGAACGGAACAUACCACUUUGGCAUUCUGGCUGACCCUAAUUUCUGCAGAGUUCCUUGGUGUUAAAAUCAUUUGAGGUCAUAAUUGCUGCUUAUGGUUUAUAUACACACCAUCUGCUGCUCUAAGUUCACAUCCUCUCAAAAGUAUGCAAGUGCUUGAAAUUUAAAUAUUUCCCAGAUCUAAAACAACUUGUGACUACCUAAGAAAUGCUUGAACCAAAUAAGAAACAGCACUGUGGAAUAAAAUAUACCAUUGUGAACAUAUCUGAUGCUGCAAUGAAAUGUAAAGUUCCUUACUUUGCUGAUUUUUCAUCAUAACUCCUUGACUCAUAAAAGCGGUGUCUAAACUGGGAACAGCUACUAAUAGGGUAAAAGUAUUAUACAUGAAAUAAAAGUUCAUUACAAUAUUUGUACUCAUAAGUCAAAAUCUGACCUGGUUCGCUUUGUGCCUCUGUCAGCCUACUUACAGUGAUAAAUGUACACACAAGUCCAGUGUUCCCAAGGAGCUUUGUUUAUAGAAAGUAGCUUGGUCCCCUCAGUUCUAUGCUGUUGUGUGGCCUGGUUGGUACAUGCCGUCAUGAUGAAGGAUGACUUUGGUUUGAGAUAAUUUGUCACUCCACAUUCCAUGGAGAAAAGUGUUUCAUUUUGAUGUUGGAAAAACAUGACCAGAGAAGUGUGUGACUCAGAUAACGUUCCCCGGAAGUUGCAGAGCAAUCUGUGGUGUCUGUCAUAGCCCAACUAGUCCUGGAGCACAUGGACAAUUCUGUACCCCAAUAAUCAGAACAAUAAAAUGGUAGUUGUGAUUCA